AUGACCCCACUGGUUGUGGAACAGAUAAGCGCUAAGAAACCCAAUAUUCGGAUGCUCAAGUUAAUGGUCACUUUGGACAACUUGGCUGAAGGGGUGGGCCAAGUAUUCCAAAUGAUACUUGAGCAAUCUGGCCUCUCAAAGGAAGAGUUCUUUGGCUGCCUGCAACCCAUGGAUGGUGAUUUGGGAAAGGUGUGGAAACUUGCUUGA